AUGGCAUCCUGGAAAUCCUGUCAAUCUCUGUUCAAUUUCGACAAAACUCCCUUCCUAGGGUUCAGAUUGAGGGUUUUGCGGUGUCUUCAUCAUCUCCUUAUUCGCUUCGAACCGGUUGUCUUGUUGAUGGCAGCGCCGAGGAUUCUGGUGGCGGAGUCCGAAAGGUUGAUGAGGGAUGUAGAGAUGGGGGAAGAUUCCCCUACUAGUAAGAAGCAUGUAGGUUCUAAAUUGGAAAGGACGUUCCCUCUGACUAGAUGGGAAUUCUCGAUGGCUUUGGGCGUUUUCUUGGUUUUUUCGAUCGGUUUGUUCUUCAUUUAUCAGACAAUGCCAGCUGCUGAUGGUAAACUUAAGCUGCCUAGAUCCAUAUCGGAUCUGCGAAUCUUGAAAGAUCACCUUGGGGCAUAUGCAAGCAUUAAUCCAACAAAGUUCAUCGUAGGUUACUGCUCCACUUACAUAUUCAUGCAGACAUUUAUGAUUCCAGGGACAAUUUUCAUGUCAUUGCUUGCUGGAGCCCUUUUUGGUGUUAUUAAAGGCAUCUUCUUGGUUGUGUUUAAUUCCACUGCUGGUGCUUCAUCCUGCUUUUUCCUGUCAAAGCUAAUUGGAAGGCCCAUAGUUUACUGGCUCUGGCCAGGAAAGUUAAAAUUGUUUCAGACAGAGGUAGCAAAGCGAAGAGACAAAUUGCUGAAUUACAUGCUGUUUUUGAGGAUAACUCCAACUUUGCCAAAUCUUUUUAUUAAUUUGGCAUCACCAAUUGUUGAUGUACCAUAUCAUGUAUUCUUUUUGGCUACAGUUGUUGGCCUUGUCCCAGCUGCCUAUGUUACUGUCAGAGCUGGGCUAGCACUUGGUGAUCUGCAUUCGGUUAAAGAUCUGUAUGAUUUCAAGACAUUAUCAGUGCUUUUCUUGAUUGGCUUCAUCUCCAUACUUCCAACUAUCUUGAAGAAGAAACGGAUAUAUGAGUAAUCUCUGUCUUCUAGACAUGUCUGUAAUAUAACUAUUACACACUUACAAAUGUUAUACAAAUUUAGAGUGGCAAAUGGAAGAGAAGAGAAGAAGGCUAUAAUUUAUUCCGUAAAGCAUAACAAUUGUUAAAUCUUUUUGGUGUUCCUAUUGAAAAAAAAAAACUGGCAAAUAGAGUUGAAAGGUUCUUUAUAGAUUCUGA